UUUUUUGUUUUUUUUUUCUUUCUGCCGGAAGAGAUACGAGGUGCAGACCGCAUGGUAAAAUCCCACGACGCGGCACUCCUUUCUCAUUUUGGUCCGCGUUUUGAAAGCGCUCCUUGCUUGCCUUGUCCAAGCAGUACGCCUACUAUAACUCCAUUCUUCCCAUGACAAGCUCUGCACCUCCAGCUUGGCUCUUUGGCGACACCCCUUCCCGCGCGGCGAUCGACGAACGCGACACAUCGACAAAAGACAAAUCCGCAAUGGCUCCCAAAAAGGUGUCGAAGUCGGGCAAGGGCAAGGCAAAGACCGACAGCGCCACCAGCUCAAGCCAACCCUCUGCGCAGCUUCUUGAUCUCGUCGAGUCGUUCCUCUCCGACUUUUCGAGCAAGAAAGCCCUCGAAGAGUUCAAGCAACACAGGGUGAAGAAGGGACUUCCCAAGAGCUCUGGGAAGCCUGCAGAGACCCUUGUCGCUGUUUUCCAGAGCUGGGAAUCUGGUUCCAAGACCAUCGUGCCAGUGAAGGGUGAAGAUGGCGACCAAGAUAUGAUGGAUGUGGACGCCGACUCUGAGUCUUCUGAUGCCGAGAGUGAGAAUGACAAAAAGGUCACUGCCAAGCAGAAGAGGCCAUUGAAGAGGAAGGCACCCUCGAGCAGCUCGUCAUCUUCUAGCUCCUCCAGCUCCGAAUCGAGCUCCGACUCCAGCUCCGAGGAUGAGGCCCCCAAGGCCAAGAAGCGCAAGGUCGCCAGCGCACCUGCCGCUGAUUCGUCGUCGUCUUCUUCCUCAUCCUCGUCAUCCUCGAGCUCUUCAUCUUCCUCUGAGGACGAUAGCGACGAUGACGAGGUAGCAGUCGAGAACGACAGCUCUUCAUCGUCAUCCUCGUCGAGCUCGUCUUCGUCGUCUUCCUCCGACUCAGACUCAGACUCGGAUUCAGACUCCUCAUCGGAAGACGAAAAGGCCGCGAAUUUUCCCCUCCCCGACUCCGACUCCAGCUCCUCGUCCGACGAUUCUUCAAGCGACUCGAGCGACUCCGACUCGUCCGACUCGGAUAAAAAGACCAAGAAAGCGAAGAAGGCUCAAGCCGAGGACAAGAGCGGUUCAGACUCGUCUGACACGGUCAAAACCUCGCCUAAAGUCUUCCCCGUCAGCGAGUUCGCCCCGCUUCCCCCGGACCCUACCAAGACCAACAACCGCAAGAAGAGCGGCCCCGCAGAGCCCAAGAAGCCAAAUGAGCCAUUCUCUCGUAUCCGCAAGGACAUCAAGGUCGACCCGCGCCUGGCGUCGAAUGCCUUCAACCCGGCAGACGACUGGGGUCGUCAGGCGAAUGAAGACCUGAUCGUGACCAGGGGCAAGGGUUUUACCAAGGAGAAGAACAAGAAGAAGAAGGGAAGCUACCGUGGCGGUCGCAUUGAUACCACUGCCCGAAACGGUAUCAAGUUUGACGACUAGCUUUUCAAUUGGGAGAGAUCUUGAUAUAGAUAAGAUUGAUGUUAAUAAAAAGUAAAUGGUCAAUUUACGCAUUGGACCACGGGGACUGGGCGUUGGAGUUGCUUUGAUUAAGUUACCUAGUUUAGCAUGUUCGGUUUCUUCGAAAUAAAUACAUGAUGAAUGUGUUUCACCCA